GCAAGGACCUGCGUCGCCGAUCGUUUCAGCCGUAACGACUACAACAUGGGCGGCGACAAGCUGGCAGCGCUGCUGGCCAAAGCCAAAAGCCUCGAGAAGCAAAAGCAGCCCGUCCAGCACGUUCGGCGCGACGUCAACUGGUGGGUCGCCCGGUACGGGCACGCCGUGACGCCUACGAGAGAGAAGGACGCGCCGGCCGUCGAGGCUAUCUACCGCGCCAUAGUCGCCAACGACGUACAGGCACUUCGCCACCGACUACAGACCCACCGCCACUUGUGCUAUGUCAAGCUCUUUGGCGACAACAAGCGAACAGCGCUGUACGUUGCGAGUGCCCUUGGCAAGCUCGAGUGUGUCAAGGAGCUCCUGAAGCAGGGCGCAGACCCGCGCGUGGCCUGCGGCGGGUACUUGCCCACGGACGUGGCAGGCGCCUAUGCACGCGACCCCGUCGCGACGAUGAAGAUCAAGCACCUCUUUGGCGCGUUUCCACGCCCGCAAGUGCUUCUGGUGCCUCAUGCAACGAGCAAAGGUCGGUGCGUAGUUGGAAUACACACGGCGAUGGUCGACGACGUAGAGGGGCGCUGCCGCGUCGACAUUCACUUUAGUGAGCCCAUCUGGGACUUUGCACCAUCGGAUAUCCUCUUGACGGGCUGCGUCUGCGUCCACUUUACACUCUAUACGGACGACUUUUUUGCGAUUUCUCUUCAGCUCCAGGGCUCCGCGUCGGUCACCGUGCCCAAGCAUGCAGCUCGGCGCAAAGGGUCUGGCGUGCCCAACGACGCGUCGACCACGCUUCCUCUCGACCGUCACCAACAACGCUAAGCAUUUAGUUCUCUUGCUAUUAUAAGCUACCGUCCAUCAGCUAACGACGAGACCUGGCAACGGCA